AUGCACUUCACCAAGUCUAUUCUCGCCAUGGCCAUGGCGCUCUCAUCUGGCGUCAUCGCCGCAGAUGAUGUCCUUAUCACCUAUACUUCCAACGGGGUUGAUCAUGACCAAGUAGUACCGGUUGAUACAAUUGUUGACUUGGAUUACCCAGGCUGGAUCACCACUUUCCAGACAACUAGCGACUGUCUUGUCAACACGAACCCGGUUGACAAAGGAAUCUUCAUCACCACAGGUGCUCAUGCCUAUGACCCAGGAUUUGAUGCCAGAGAUAUUGCUUGCCCAACCUUUUAA